AUGUCCACCAAUGCCCUCGACGAGUCGGGCCCGGCCAGCUCCUCCUCCUCCCGAGCGGCCACGUCCAUGUCCUGCCAAUGGCAAGAAACCGAGGAUGCCGACCAAUUCGAGGAACUCCAGCGGGCCAUCGCCGACGGCCAGACUCAGAAGUUCCCGGGCCCGGCCUCUCGAUCCGGUUAUGAGGGGAGUGGCUCCUCGCAGCAGGAAGAGCAACAGGACGAGCGGGAGCCGCCUGAGGAUCAGCCCGGUCUCCGACUUUUGUGGGCCGCCCAACACGGCCACAUGGACGUGCUCAAGGCCGUGUUGGACAUUGAUCCCAAGUUGAUCAAGUUCCAAGAUGAUGACGGCUAUUCGGCCUUGCAUCGGGCGGGCUAUUCCAACCGGAAGGAUAUCGCGCAGGAGCUUUUGUUUCGAGGUGCGGAUCUGGGCUCGCUCACCCAUGACAGAUGGACCCCGCUUCUAUCGGCUGCCCGUUGGAACGCCUGGGAGUGCGUGGAGCUCCUCCUCCAAUGGGGUGCCAACGUCAAUCAUGUGAGUGAGAGUGGACAAACCGCCCUCCAUUUGGCCACCUUUCAAGGCCAGUCCAAAGAAACCUUGCAUCUGCUCCUAGGCCAAGCCCACUUGGAGGCCUCGACUCGGAACUGCCAAGGGGACUUGGCGGUGGACAUUGCUUGGCGAAACAACUGCUACCCUCGUUACUUUGAGCUCGUCGAACCCUGUGUCUCCAAACCCGAAGAAGAUUAG